AUGCGUUUGCUGAAGAAUGGCGGUGGCAGUCUAUCAGAGGCUGCAUUGUGCUUUGAGGCUGUCUGCCAGCGCGAGGAAGGUGAUGUCCAGCAAAAGGCAUGGUGUCAGCUUGGUCUUUGCCAAGCACAGAAUGAAAAGGAGGAUGCAGCCAUCAAGGCGCUUGAAAAUGCCAUUCGCCUCGAUCCCGGAGACCUCGAAGCACUCAUGGGCCUUGCAGUCAGCUACACAAACGAUGGCUAUGACACCGCAGCCUACCUCUCCCUUGAACAGUGGCUCGUGGCCAAGUAUCCAAAUCUCGUCAGUGAUAUCACCAUGGACACUUCGAACCGCAAGGAAGUGCACCAAAAGGUCACCUCACAGUUCAUCAAGGCUGCGCAGCUCUCACCCGCAGGCGCUGAGAUGGAUGCUGAUGUCCAAGUUGGACUCGGCGUCUUGUUUUAUGGCGAUGAAGAGUACGACAAGGCUGUCGACUGCUUCUCGGCAGCAUUGCGCAUCCGACCAGACGACGCACUGCUUUGGAAUAGGCUGGGCGCCACACUCGCCAACUCUGGCAAGUCUGAAGAUGCCAUCGAGGCGUAUACACGCGCACUUGAAAUCUCACCCACAUUUGUCCGUUGUCGCUACAAUCUCGGUGUUUCGUGCAUCAAUAUUGGUGUAUACGAGGAAGCCGCACAGCAUCUGCUCUCGGGUCUCGCGAUGCAUCAAACGAUGGGUGAUCGUGGCGGUGGUGUCAAUCUGAGUACGAAUUUAUGGGAGACGCUGCGUCGCGUGUUUUUGGUUGGGAUGAACAGACCUGAUUUGAGCAAGCUUGCGGUAUCAGGCGCUGAUGUCGAGCAGUUUAGGGGAGAAUUCGAGUUUUAG